UAUGUCAAAGUGUUGAACCUGGACAAAAUAAAUUAGACAAUCAAGAUGAAUUGGAUAAAGAAAACAGUUCUAGAGAAGAGACUAAAAUUAAUAUAUUCGAUAUAAUGGAGCAAAUGUUACUUGAUGAAGAAACUGCUAUGUUAGAAGAAGAAGAAGUGAAAU